AUGGUCGGCAGAGUUCAGCCCGACCGCAAACAGUUGCCGCUGGUCCUACUGAGACUGCUCUGCCUUCUUCCCACAGGACUGCCCGUUCGCAGCGUGGAUUUUAACCGAGGCACGGACAACAUCACCGUGAGGCAGGGGGACACGGCCAUCCUCAGGUGCGUUGUAGAAGACAAGAACUCAAAGGUGGCCUGGUUGAACCGUUCUGGCAUCAUUUUCGCUGGACAUGACAAGUGGUCUCUGGACCCCCGGGUUGAGCUGGAGAAACGUCAUUCUCUGGAAUACAGCCUCCGAAUCCAGAAGGUGGAUGUCUAUGAUGAAGGUUCCUACACUUGUUCAGUUCAGACACAGCAUGAGCCCAAGACCUCCCAAGUUUACUUGAUUGUGCAAGUUCCACCAAAGAUCUCCAACAUUUCGUCGGAUGUCACUGUGAAUGAGGGCAGCAAUGUGACCCUGGUCUGCAUGGCCAAUGGCCGUCCUGAACCUGUUAUUACCUGGAGACACCUUACACCAACUGGAAGAGAAUUUGAAGGAGAAGAAGAAUAUCUGGAGAUCCUCGGCAUCACCAGGGAGCAGUCAGGCAAAUAUGAGUGCAAAGCUGCCAAUGAGGUCUCCUCAGCGGAUGUCAAACAAGUCAAGGUCACUGUGAACUAUCCUCCCACUAUCACAGAAUCCAAGAGCAACGAAGCCACCACAGGGCGACAAGCUUCACUCAAAUGUGAGGCCUCAGCAGUGCCUGCACCUGACUUUGAGUGGUACCGGGAUGACACCAGGAUCAACAGUGCCAAUGGCCUUGAGAUCAAGAGCACGGAGGGCCAGUCCUCUCUGACAGUGACCAACGUCACUGAGGAGCACUACGGCAAUUACACCUGCGUGGCUGCCAACAAGCUGGGGGUCACCAAUGCCAGCCUAGUCCUUUUCAAGCGUGUUUUACCCACAAUCCCCCACCCUAUUCAAGAAAUUGGCACCACCGUGCACUUCAAGCAAAAAGGACCUGGGUCGGUGAGAGGAAUAAAUGGAUCCAUCAGUCUGGCCGUACCACUGUGGCUGCUGGCAGCAUCUCUGCUCUGCCUUCUCAGCAAAUGUUAA